UUCGCACUCUGCAACCGGGAGGGACUGAGUAAUUUCCGAAUUCGCGUGGAUAAUGAUAGAUAGAUAGAUACAUUCUUCAGACCAUCACUGUGGAGGUAAAGUUAGGGUUUUAAAUUCCAACACUCCGCGGGCAUUCCCUUCUCCUCGUCGAUUGCUCGAUCACUGGAUGGAUUCGAACGACGGCGUUCUGUCUGCAGCCGCCGCUGCCGCCAAGGACGCGAGUGCUGCCUUCCAUCGGGAGAAGUUUUCCGAAUGCAUGCAUGUGUUGAACCAGCUGUUGCAGAACAACGGCGACGAUCCGAAGGUUCUUCACAACAUUGCUAUUGCCAGGUCCUUUCAAGAUGGUUGCUCGGAUCCCAAGAAGUUACUUGUAUUACUUAAUAACGUCAGGAGAAGGAGUAUCGAGCUUGCUCAUGUAUCUGAGGAGCAUGCAGACACUGUCAGUAAUGUUGCCAACAAAGCUGCUUUAGGAUCUAAAGGAACUAAUAGUGUGCCACAACAUUUCUCCACUGCAAAUAAUUCACAUUUUGGUUACGGCGACAAACUUGACACUUCUGUGACACUGAUAAAUAUAGCAAUUAUCUGGUUUCAUUUUCAUGAACAUGCAAAGGCGUAUUCUAUUCUGGAUUCUUUAUAUCAGAAGAUUGAGCAAAUAGAUGAGGGGAUAGCUCUCCGUAUUUGCCUAUUGUUCCUGGAUGUUGCAUUAGCUUCUGUGGAUCCUUGGAAGUUUUUUGAUGUACUUAAUUAUUUGGAGAAAGCUUGUUCUGUUAGUAACACAAUCAGUCAAAUUGGAUCUUCCAACUUUGAGGCAAAAUCUUCUUCACUUCCAAGCCCCUCAUCUGCUCCAGAUGCUUCUGAAAGUCCUUUAUCUAGAACUUUAUUGGAGGAGAAUCUUGAAACCCUGAUUUCAAAUAUUGACAUGAGUGGACGGAAUCUAGCAGGACUGUCGGGCCUACAAUCUUCGAAUAAUCGCAUGUGGGCCCCAUCGGAUCAUUCUGUUUCGACUUGUGAUCUGAGACUGAAGUUGCAACUUUACAAGGUUCAACUUCUUCUUCUAACUAGAAACCUCAAGGCUGCUAAGCGUGAAGUUAAGAUGGCUAUGGCUAUGAAUGUAGCACAUGGGAAAGAUUCUUCCAUGGCUCUGCUAUUGAAAUCCCAACUGGAGUACGAUCGUGGGAACUACCCUAAGGCCAUCAAACUAUUGAUGACAUCAAGUAAUCAGACGGAAAUUGGGAUUUCAAGCAUAUACAACAAUAAUAUGGGUUGCAUCUAUUAUCGACUUGGAAAAUACCACACAUCGAGUAUAUUCUUUUCCAAGGCUUUGAUUAAUAGUUCAUCUCUCCGGAAGGAAAACCCUAAAAUGCUUUCAACUUUCUCACAAGACAAAUCUCUCGAAAUAAUAUACAACUGUGGUGUGCAGUACUUGGCUUGUGGGAAACCAAUACUUGCCGCUCGUUGUUUCCACAAGGCCAGUUUAAUUUUCUGCAGACGGCCUCUGUUGUGGCUCCGAAUUGCUGAAUGUUGUCUAGUGGCAGUAGAGAAAGGACUUGCGAAAUCCAGUUCAGCCCAAUCCAAUAAAUCAGAAGUUAAAGUUCGUGUUAUCGGAAAUGGAAAAUGGAGACAGCUUGCUGUAGAGAAUGGUAAUUUUGGUAAGGGGGGUUUUGUUGGAAAGGACAAUGGGUUUUUGGGUGAUGAUAAAGAACCUAACCUCUCGUUGCCCUUUGCCCGACAGUGUCUGUUCAAUGCCCUGUACUUGUUGAACUGUUUAGAAUCAAAGUAUACGAAUUUUGCUUCCCCUUAUAGUUCCACCUCGGAGGAAAACAGGCGUAAGAAUUCAGAUAACAAGAGUUCAUCUGUUAGUGAUCCCAAGGGAUCUCAUCUCUCAAAUGCAAAUGUGGAUUCUAAAGAACAGAAGGGUGGAAGUGCUCCUAAUGCCACCUUACAGAGCUCCAUAUUGAAUUAUGAAGAGAUUUGUAGAAGAGAGAAUAUGAUGAUCAAGCAAGCUCUCCUAGCUGACUUGGCAUACGUGGAGUUGCACUUAGGAAACCCUUUGAAGGCCCUGUCAACAGCAAGGAGUCUAUUAGAACUUCCAGAAUGUUCCAGGAUAUACAUUUUCCUAGGCAAUGUAUAUGCAGCUGAGUCCCUCUGCCUCCUAAACCGGCCAAAGGAAGCUGCUCAGCAUUUGUUGAUCUAUUUGUCCAGUGGGACCCAUGUUGAACUCCCUUACACUGAGGUGGACUGUGAACAAUGGCGGGUUGAGAAAAUUGUGGACCUCGAAGAGUCGAAUGGCGGGUUUUUGAAUUCCAAGAACUCUUCACUUGAUGAAACACAAGAUGUUGUUUUCCUCAAGCCCGAGGAGGCACAAGGGACUCUUUUGGCAAAUUUAGCUGUGAUUUCUGCAGUGCACGGAGAUGCUGAGCAGGCCCACCGGUUUGUAAUGCAAGCUUUAUCCAUAAUGCCCGAUAGUCCAGAAGCGAUUCUCAGUUCAAUUUUCGUGGAUCUCACAAUCGGGAAGAUACAAGAGGCUCUUACCAAGUUGAAACAGUGUAGUCGUGUUGGAUUCCUCUUGGGCACUUCACACUAGAAAGCUCUUGUUCAUCAUCUUGGUCGGUUCCUGCGGUUAGGAGGUAGGUCGGAAAUCUUUUUAAGUUAAUUUGUACCAUAUAGCCAUAUAGGUAGUGUCAGCCCACAAAAUAAUUCUUUUUUUUCCUCCCCCCUUAUUAUUUUCUGUAGAAUUUUGUUUGAAGUUUUGAGGUUAUGGCGGUGGUGGUGGUGGUGGCUGAUAUUGGUUUGGGUUCAGUUUCAUAUUUUUGUCUUAGAGGUUGAUCUCGUUGGUUUUCAACAGAUUAUAGAGGUCAUGUGCUUUUCUCAUGAAAAAUGAAAAUUGUAACCCUGAAGAAAGUUCGUUCUUUAUAUUUGUCAGUGCUAAGUCAUUUGUUUUAUCUAACGGGACCUAAUUUCACCUCUU